AAUUUGCUUGGAUGAAAAAAUUCUUGCUAGUCGAAAAAUGUAUUGCCAUGGAAAAAUUUGACCUGAAAUGAAUCACCCUAUUAUAUACUUCGCACUCUUAUAAGUAAUUGUGUGCUAUGCGCGAUCUUGAAUAACUCUCUAUAUCGCUCGUACAUAAGUACGUGCAUACAUUUAAAGGUUACGUAACCUAACCUUGAGUCAAUCAACAACUCCAAAAUCAGCAGAUUGGCCCACUACUCAUCCACUUAUGCGCAAAGUGAAUUCUGUUCUCUUUCCAUAAUUCAUUUAGUGAUUGAAGUUUUCAAGAGAAAGUAACCAAGCUAGAAGAUCCCAACCCGACAUGUCAUUCCCCCUGCCAGCCGACCUCCCCGUGCCGAAAGAUGAUGGUGCGUGUGACCACUUAAUCCCAGGCACACUUAUCCCAUCGAUAACCUUAACGGCAACGGAUAGUUCGACCGUCAACUUAUCCACCCUCCCGGGCACCGUGGUCAUUUAUUGCUACCCACGAACUGGGCAGCCUGGUGUACCCUUGCCGGAUGGGUGGGACCUCAUCCCAGGUGCGAGAGGGUGCACCCCGCAAUCCUGCUCGUUCAUGGAUCACUUCAAAGAAUUGCAAAAACUUGGCGUGUCCCACGUCUUCGGCUUAUCCACACAGGACACGGCUUAUCAAGCAGAAGCCUGGCAACGACUCCACCUUCCAUUCAACAUAUUGAGCGAUGAGAAGAAAGAAUUUGUCAAUGCGUUAAACCUUCCAACUUUUGAGGUUGAAGGGUGCGGCGUGUUGGUUAAAAGGGUCACGAUUUUGGCGAAGGAGGGGAAAAUAUUAAAGGUCUUUUACCCUGUGUUCCCGCCGGAUAAGAGCGCACAGGUUGUCAUGGAUUGGUUGAAGGAUAACGGCAAUUAAAACUUGUGGAGAGAAGGAUGCAUGACAAUUUAUGUAAUAAUUUAUUGAGGCAUUUCACGUCAACCUUCGUCACUCUGUCUGUACCCACGUACAUGCAUACAUAAACUAUAAAAAUUUACGAAGAUAAAGGGCAUGUUUUUUGAAAGAUUAAUUGGUUACGGACUUAUGAUGGGUGACGUUAAGUGCUUUAUUAUUGACAUCUUUAUGCAACUUGAUAUGCAAUUGCUGAUAUAUCAAAUCGAAUAAAUAUGUGAAUGUAAAUAUGUAC